ACUCGACGACCAACUCCUUUGACUUUUGCCCUCAACGUUGCAUUAAGCUAACCAGCGUUGAGCACACAGGGGAUGUUAUCAUGCAGAGCAGCGUCCGCGUGACUAACUAAGAAGAAUGAACAAUGACGGCGAGGUCACCUACUUACCAAUUCAUCGAAUUGCUCAGGCUUGCGUUGCGUGCAGGCGUAAAAAAACUAGAUGCACGGGCGGGCGACCAGCUUGCACGCAAUGUCGACGUUUAAGACAAGAGUGUGUCUAUUCCGACUCCCAAAAUGAUGGAAAAAGCAAAUCGCAAAACCAACAGGGUGAUCGAUCUGAGGAGUUGUCCAGAAAUGCACGUGACGCGAUCAUGGAGAGAUUGGACUCAAUAGAGGAGAAAUUGCAAUCUUUUUCUGCGCAAUUAGAAAGGAUAUCCAACGCUCUGUCCUCGUCAUCACGAGUGACACAACAGGCAUUCGAGGAUCCAGAGCGUGGGCAGCGACGCAGCAAAAGAAGACGCCUUUCAGGAUCUUUUAACGACCGAAAUGCUGAUGGCGAAGCCGAAGUAUUAUCACCUGGCCCUGAGGGAUAUUCCAUCUCCCAGGAUGUGCUGACGGCUGUUAUUGAUGCCUACUUCACUUGCGCGCAGAACCAGCCCUAUUCAUUCUUUCACGAGGGCAACUUCCGGCGGCGGCUAGCCCAAAAUGAACUUGCCGAUCAUCUGGUGCUUGCCGUUGUUGCCAGUGCUGUUCGAUUUUGCCAUCACCCUCGACUUCCAGCCGACACCCAUGAAAUCGCCGUUAGCUACGCCAACAAGUCGUGGAAAUCCGUGGUUUCCAACUGCUUUGGUAAUAGCAAAUCAUCUAAUGUCUCAAUCGUGCAAACUAUUGCCUUAUUAGCAUUAUUUGAUUUUACAGCUGGCAAAUCCAGACACGGCGCUGCUUGGGUCAAAAUCGGAAUGGCUGUCCGGAUUGCCCAAGAUCUGGGGCUUAUGCUUGAGCCUCCUGCGCAUCUGCCAUAUGCUGAUCAAGAAGAGCGAAGAAGGGUCUUUUGGUCAGUCUACUUGCUGGACAGACUUGUUUCGUGCGGUCGUGGUCGACCUCCCGCAAUCGUCGAUGCUUGUUGCCAAUUGCAACUGCCAUGUGAUGAACAAAUGUGGAGAGAUGGCCUGUGGCAACAAACAUUGACUCUUGAUGAGCUUGCCAAUCGCACUUCACGAAAUUCUCAGCGUCAAGGUUGCUUCGCUCAUGUCAUUGUGAUGGCUUACACUGUCGGUCGUACAGCACAAUACAUGCUGCAGGAGUUCAACAUUCGAAGUCGAUAUCCUCCAUGGGAUCCCGCAUCUGAUUUCGCUGCUAUUGAAGCCGAUUUAAUUCAUCUAGAAUGUCGAUUGGAACUGGACCGACCGCUUUCCGAAGUAUUAGCGCCUCAUAUAUCACCUGAAGGACGAGUUGAUUACCAAAGUACAGGCCCCAUAAUAUUUGCCAGAGUGCUUUUACAUCUUUGCUACUGCAUGCUUACCCAUCCAUUCCUCCUCCGACGCCGACUUGAAAUGGGGAACAUUUCAGCACCAUCGAGCUUUCUGGCCCGUAUGUUUGAUACUGGCUGGCGGCAUGCGCAGAGUAUGGUGGAACUUUUCAAGGAAGCGAACGAAAAUAUGUGCACAUUCCGCUCUUCUUUCAGUGGCUACUGUAUCCUAAUUGCUGGCUCUAUCGCUGCGCUUUAUGCUCACAACGAAGAUUCUUCGGUUCGCCUCAAAGCUUCAAACUUGUUGCAGGAGGCAAUCUUAUACUUGCAAGACACUGGCAGAUACUGGCGCAAUGUUUCUACUAUGGCUCUGAUUCUCCAGCAAGCUGCCGAGAAUACUCUUAUGUAUAGUCAGCUAGCAAUACCGCGGUCACAGAUCGCCCCCCUUUCUACAGAAUACGCCAAUGCUAUUUGGUCACUUGUCGACUAUAGUACGAUAUCGAAUGAAACUUCGAUCAAUUUGGCUGCAAAUCAAUCACCGAGUUCUAAUUUAUGGUUCGAAUCGUGGUUUGAACUUUUUGGGAUGCAAUAUAGUACGGAAGAGUUUGGCUCGGAUGGCAACGAUUUAAACAGCGCAAGCGUGUCCCAGAGCGGAAAUUUAAAUAUUCUGUGAACUGUUGUAAUUAUUCAGAUGAUCUUCUUACCAGCAAUUAGGGUGCUUUGCAUUCUGAGAACGAGAUGAAGAUUCCAUCUAUUCUAGCCCAUUUUAAUCCCCUAGUAGGAGUACCAAAGGCAAUCGAUCAUGAUGAG